UUUGUUGCAGUGCCUUCACACACACAACCCCAGAGGAGCACACACAGGGUAGAUAGAAUAGCAUUUGUAUAAUCUUGGUUACAACAUUAUAUGACCGUCUUCGGUGUUUUCGUUUCUAAUAGAAAUGCGGCACGGUAAAUCUUUGACAGUAGGCCUCACCUUUGCUUUUUUGUGUGUUGGCAGUGAGCCAGUACAUCAACGCCUUUGCAUUCACUCAGAUGUGUGGGUUGCUGGUGGCUCCCAUGAACGGCUUCAUUCUCGACCGACACAAGCGAAAACCUCCGGUGGCAGGAAUGAGUGAACGAGAAGCAGACCUGAAUUCUGCAGUUCUCUCUUUCUUCCUGACGUCACUGGUGUCAUUGAUCUUCUCAAUUUGCGCUUCCAUUCCCGUGUUGCCACUCCAGUACUUCACUUUCAUUGCGUUAAUGGUCAAUUACAGUUUUGUCUACGGCGGAAUGGCUGCUUUCGUCGCAAUGACUUUCCCACCAUGUCACUUUGGGAAGUUGUAUGGCUUCAUCUUCGGUCUCUCGGCGGUCUUCUCUUUACUGCAGUAUGCCUGCUUUGCUGUGGUGGAAGAAUUGCUGGACGGAGAUCCCUUAUAUAUGAACAUCGGGCUGACCAUCCUCAUCCUGUUCUCCUUUAGUCAUCCCCUGAAUGUUUUUCUGCACUGUCGAGCACUCGCAUCCCAGAGGGCCAAAGCCAACAAGAUCACUGACAUGACCACAGAAUCGCAGCUGCUUAAAGAGCCCCUGUGAUGGCCUUAACAUGGAAACUUAUUUUAUAGUUCUGGACUGAAAAAUGAUGUCUACAGUAAAGAAUUUCCCCCC